UCUCUCUCUCUCUCUCGCCUCAUACCAGUUAUUUCGCACGCUGUGCUCUUCUUGGUACGCUUUCCGAGUAAAGAAUAUCUGUGUGACACUCUCUUUCCAGCUCCGGCUUACUCGAGGCAGAUAGUAAGCCGAAGAAGAAUACAUCUUCUUUCAUCUGGGGUAGAGGAGAGCUGGGUUAGGGUUUUUUUUUUCUGGAGAGGAGGCGAUGGAUUCGGAUUCGUGGAGUCGGCUAUCGUUGGCUUCGAAGCGGCACCAGUCUACUUUGCAGUCGCGAUAUGAUCAAUACCUGGGAAUCGAGGAGAUUGAAGGGGAUGAGGACGAGUGGAGGCCGGAGUUUCCCUGCCCGUUAUGUGACGAAGAUUUUGAUAUCGUUGGUCUCUGUGUCCAUAUCGACGACGAUCAUCCAUUUGAGGCGAAGAAUGGGGUAUGUCCUAUAUGUUUGGGAGGAGUAGGAAUGGACAUGGUGGGGCACAUAACGGUGCAACAUGCCGAUUUAUUUAAGUCGCAACAUAAGAGGAGGUUACGAAAAGGUUCAUCUGGGUCUCAUGGUGCGUUUAAUUUUUUGAGGAAGGAGCUACGGGAUGGGAGUUUACAAUCUCUUCUUGGGGGAUCCUCACGCUUUAUUACUCCCUCGCAUGCGGCACCUGAUCCAUUGCUUUCAUCAUUUAUCAGUAAUGUGCCUAUUGCUGAUUUUUCUAAAGUGGUGGAGCCUGAACCCUUGGCUGAAGGAAAGAGGAAGAUUUCAGAGGAAAAAGUUGUAGAAAGCGCGGCUGAUGAAAUGGUUCGCAGGAGAGAGUUUGCACAGCAGAUUGUCCUCUCCACAGUCUUUGAUGGAAUCUCAUAAGACAGAUUUUGCGGUCAGUUUAAUUGCCGUUCGUGGAACAGAAAACAAAUUUCAAUAUUUUAUAAGUGCUUGCAAAUGUUCCAUUAAACCCCUCCCCUCCCCCCAAUAUAUACAUUUGUAUUUAUGAAUACAUAUAUAUAUAUAUAUAUAUAUGUAGGAUUCAGAACUAUAUUGGUAGGGUGGCUUAGUGCUGGUUGUAUAUUGUGGCACAGAUUUUUGGUCAGUUCAGGCCUUUGGUUUGUAGCUUCAGCGUUGGUGAAACUAUUGUGGAUGUAAUUCAUAUUUAUGAUAAUGUUCCUCCCAUUUAGUAUUUAA